AAAAUUCUUGUGAAUAUAAUAUUAUAAUAUCUUAUUUCGACAGAUCUGAUGGGAAAUGGUAAACCGAUGUUAAGCGGUAUUUAAAAUGGUAGAAUAGAAUAUUACCGUGUUUACUUUUACGAGUACGGCUUGAACAAUUGAAAAUCUCUGACCUCCCUGAAUUUUGUUUUUAAAACCACAACAGCAUGACGAGCAUGACGUAUGUUGUUGUGGUUGUUCAACAUAACCUCGGGUGUAUAUAUUGUUUAUUUGGUAUCUUCUAGUCAAGAAAUUAUAACUGUUAUUUCGUAUAUUGUAAAAAUGACAUUAUUGGGGAAAUCUCUUUUUCCUACUCUUUGUUUUGCAAAAGGCAGCAGUAUUUUAAGAUUGUCUGUCAGUACAUGGACACCUUUAGCAUCAGCGUUCAAUACUAGGCCAAAAUGUAAAAUGAGCCUUAAUUUUUCACCUAAUAACACUGGUUUGUUUGGUAUUCCCGAACUUUGUUGUCCCGAAGGUUUUUAUGAGCUCAAAAAUAAAGCAAUCUCUGAAGCCCAGAAUCUUGUAUUUGAAUGUUGUAAGUCCGAUAGGAAACGUAAGAUGGUUGAAUUAUUUGAUGAACUGUCUGAUACCUUAUGUAGGGUAGCAGAUCUUGCAGAAUUUAUAAGGAUAGCAGAUCCUCGAGAAGAAUUUGCCAGAGCAGCAGAAGAUACUUGCAUCAGUAUCAGUGGCAUUGUCGAAAAGCUUAACACAAAUCAUGAGUUGUAUGCAGCACUAAGAAAUGUAGUUGAUAAUGGAGACAAGAUUCCAACAACGUCAAUUGAUGAUCAUGUUUCUCGUUUGUUUCUUUUUGACUUUGAGCAGUGUGGGAUUCACCUUCCUGAAAAUCAACGACAUCAGGUUGUGCAGCUCAAUGAUGCAAUACUCCAGCUAGGUCAGCAGUUUGUAUCCGGUGCACUUUCCCCCCGAGUUUUCUCCAAAACAAUUAUCCCAGAACACCUUAGAAAACAUUUUUCAGUUAGUGGGAACCAAAUUGUGGUAACUGGCUUGGUUGCAGAGUCACCUAACCAGUUCGUUCGUGAACUGUCGUAUAAGGUUUAUUUUAGUCCAGAUGAACGGCAAGAAUCAGUGCUUUUAGAUUUACUGGCAUCUCGUUACGAGUUGGCAAAGAUAUGUGGCUUCCGGUCGUACGGUGAAAGAGCUUUAAAAUCAAGUAUUGCGAAAUCUCCAGACAUGGUAUUUAACUUCUUAGACAACCUUUGCAAACAAUUAAAAGAAGAAGCUGAAAAAGAUUAUAGUUGCUUGAGGAAAAUGAAACAAGCUGAUGGUGUCCAAGAUGAUCUGCGUGCAUGGGACGUAGCAUAUUAUGGCUGUAAAGCCAAGCAGGAUUGGUUGCAAGUAGGAACAGCAGAUUACUCUCACUUUCUAUCCCUCGGGGCUUGCAUGGAAGGACUGGACUUGUUGCUGAGACGUAUCUACGGAAUCUCGUUGGAGAACGUGCAGGUAGAGCCCGGCGAAGCGUGGGCGGACGACGUGUACAAACUGGCCGUUGUUCACGAAACGGAGGGCUUGCUGGGACACGUGUACUGCGACUUCUACGGUCGUCCCGGCAAACCGCAGCAGGACUGUCACUUCACCAUCCGAGGCGGUAGAGAGCUGCGGGACGGCAGCUACCAGAACCCGGUCGUGGUCCUCAUGUUGAACUUGCCCUCCCCGACGUGGGUCAGUCCGAGCCUGCUGACGCCGGCCAUGAUGGACAACUUGUUUCACGAGAUGGGGCACGCCAUGCACUCCAUGCUGGGCCGCACCAAGUACCAGCACGUGACCGGGACCCGGUGCAGCACCGACUUUGCCGAGGUGCCGUCCAUCCUCAUGGAGUACUUUUCCAUGGACCCGAGGGUGGUGGGGAAGUUCGCCCACCACUUCCGGACGCGGGAGAAGAUGCCGGCGGGCAUGCUGGCCAGGAUGUGCAGCUCGAAGCACCUGCUGGCAGCCUCGGACAUGCAGGCGCAGGCGUUCUACUCGGCCCUGGACCAGGAGUACCACGGUGCGUCGGCGCUGGGCAGCAGCCCGGCUGACACCAUGUCCUCCCUGCAGAGGCAGUACUACAGCGUGCCGCCGGUGCCCGGCACAGCGUGGUACCAGAGGUUCUCCCACCUGGUGGGCUACGGGGCCAAGUACUACGCGUACCUGCUGUCGCAGGCAGUGGCCUCGUGGAUCUGGCAGCAGCACUUCGAGGGAGACCCGCUCGAUAGGGCCGCAGGGGAGCGGUACAGGCGGGAGUGUCUCGCGCACGGCGGCGGGAAGCCGGAGCACGAGCUCGUGGCAGACUUCCUGGGCAAGCAGGUCACCCCGGCGAACCUAUCUCGAAGCUUGAUCAACGAAAUCCACCGGCAGAAAGAAAAGAUUGAGUCGCUUAAGACGCUAACGUAGCCCUCUCAAGAAUACAUCUGUAUUGUACUAUAAUGUGAUCACCCUACUGAAAAUUUGUACAAAUCUGUAGCAUUGUCUUUUUAUUUAUAAAAUAGUCAAUAUAGUUUUUUUUUUCAUAUAUAUAAUGCAGUGUUUGAUUAACAUUUUUACUUGAAUGUUAUGCUCUCGUAGUAUAAGUAUUCUGAAAAAUGUUUUAACCAGCCAGCCUUUAUUAAAGACUGCAAUACGUCUGUUUACUAUGUUGGCCUUAGUUUGCGGAAAAGGUGUUUUUUAUUUUUUUCUAUAGCUCUCAUUUUCAUGUUUGCAUUGCUAAUGCAGCUGUAACAUCCUUAUGAAAGGAUGAUAUAUUCGUUGUAGUUCCUGUUUGCUUGUUGCAGUUUGCUCAUGUUUUUAAACAUUUUUUUUUCAAAUGUAGGUACAUCUUUUACUAAACAAAAAAUUUUUAUGCUGUGUACAAAAUCUGUAUGUACAGAUAUAAAGAUAAUUUACAUACCAUGACAGUCGCAGAUUGAACUGAAUCAGUUUUAAAUUGGAAUGUUCUCAUUCUCACCUAAUCGCUUCAGAGACUUAGAAGAAUUACAUAUUGUGUUUUUACUGACAUUUUUCUGAACAAACUUUUAAUUUUGGCAGAUGUUAUUUAUUUAUUUUUCUAGUUAAUUGCUGUGGUAAAAUAGAAAGAAGUUUGUUGUUAUAAUAGAAAAGUUUGGACAUUUUUUCUACAAAAGAAAGUUCGUGGUUGUUAUGCUUUCUUGAAGAUAUGAAAGCAACAAAUUUUUCAAAUUUUGUAAUGUUUUAAUUAAACCUUGCACAAAUAAAUUAUUAUUUAUUUUAUGCCCCAGGGAACUUUAUUUUUGUAGAACUGUUCUUAAUUAUUUUACAAAGAACUGUAAUAAUUAAAAUGAUUUUGAA